UUUCUCAAAUGAAAAAAAACAGAGCUCAUUAACACAUCAAAUUCAAACAUUAAACUUUAGGUUUUUUCGAUCGAUGAUUCAAAGAUUUGAUCGGAAUGAUCGCCGGAUUUUGACAUUCCCGGCGGUACAUCCAUGUGAGGGGAUAUCUCCGGCUACCCUUUUAGAUUCUUUGAUUACUCUAUCUAAGGGCAUAUGCAGUUUCAAAUCGAAAUUCUUUCCAUCUCAACGGAGAAAUGUUCGCGAAAUGAUUAGGCAAGUGGGGAUCCUCUUGAUUUUUUUCGAGGAAAUCCAGGAUCAUCUACCUAGUGAUAGAGAUUCCAUUGUUCUUUGUUUUGCAGAACUACACACAACGUUUCAAAAGUUUAAGUUUUUAUUAGAUGAUUGUAUGCGUGAGGGGGCGAAAACUUGGAUGCUUAUGAAAUCCCACUCUGUAGCGAGUCAAUUUCAAGUUUUGGUUAGAACUGUGGCUACUGCACUUGAUGUUCUUCCUUUGGAUUGUCUUAAUGUUUCCAGAGAAAUCAAGGAGUUAGUUCUAAUGGUGGCUAAUCAAGCACAGAGGGCGAAAAUGGAGCUCGACCCGGAAGACGAAGAAGCUGUGAAGAGAGUAAUUUUGCUUUUGAACCAAUUUGAGAAUAAGUUUCAGCCUGACCCCCGUGUAAUCAAGAAAUUUCUUGAUUAUCUUGAUAUCACAACCUGGGAAGAAUGUCACAAGGAGAUUAAAUUCUUAGAGGAUGAGAUUAAUUUCGAAUGCUCGGAGAAUUACGAACGAGAAGUACCUAUGCUAAGCAGUUUAGUUGGAUUCUUGAGCUACUGCAGGGGAAUUUUGUUUGAGGACUCUGUUUAUGGGAACUCUGAUCAAUCAGAUGGAACAUCCAACCUGGAAACUCUGAGUUGCUUGAAUCCUGAGGAUUUCAGGUGUCCCAUUUCUCUGGAACUCAUGACGGAUCCAGUGACAGUGUCCACGGGCCAGACUUAUGAUCGCGCUUCGAUUCAAAAAUGGCUCAAGUCAGGGAACCUCCUCUGUCCCAAAACAGGGGAGACAUUACAGAGCACAGAAUUAGUACCUAAUUCCUCUCUGCGGAACCUCAUCCAACAAUUCUGUGCUGAUAAUGGAAUAUCACUAGCUAAAUCAAGGAAGAAGAGUCGUGAUAUAUCGCGGACUAUUUUGCCAGGAAAUCCAGCAGCUGCGGAAGCAAUCAAAUUCCUCUCCGAAUUUCUCGCGUGCAGGCUGUAUUUUGGUUCUGAUCAGCAGAAAACCAAGGCUGCUUAUGAAAUUCGCUUGCUUGCAAAAUCAAAUAUAUUCAACCGGUCCGUGUUAAUCGAAGCUGCAACAAUCCCAGCACUCUUACAAAUGCUUAUUACAAAUGAUCCAUCUAUGCAAGAGCAUUCAAUUUCCGCCUUGCUCAAACUAUCGAAACAUUCCAACGGAAAGAAAGUGAUCAUGGAAAAUAGGGGCCUGAAUUCGAUUCUUGGAGUUCUCAUGAAUGGCCUAAAGCUAGAAUCAAAGCAAAUUGCAGCUGCGAUAAUCUUCUACAUCUCUUCACCUCGUGAAUACCACAAGCUAAUAGGCGAAAAUCCAGAAGUAUUUCCAGCUUUAGUGGACUUAAUCAAACACGGAACAAGUUGCGGGAAAAAGAAUGCGAUAGUUGCAAUAUUCGGGCUGCUGUUGAGUCACAGGAACCACGAGAGAGCACUUGGUGCAGGAACAGUUCCAGCACUAGUCAAUCUUUUAGCUUCUUCAGAUAAAGUUGAACUAAACACAGAUGCACUUGCGGUUUUAGCUACAUUCGCCGAAAGAACAGAAGGGUCUUUCGCGAUUUUAGAAGCUUCAGCAUUACCAGUAAUCUUGAAUCAAUUACAGAACACAACAUCUCGAGCGGGAAAAGAGUAUUGUGUUUCCAUUUUGUUGUCAUUAUGUGUCAAUAGUGGCGCGGAGGUAUUAGCCGCUCUGGUAAGAGAAAAGGCGCUUAUGCCACUUCUUUAUUCACUUUUAACAGAAGGAACCAGCCAAGCAAAGAAGAGGACACGGUCUCUUAUCAAAAUUCUACAGAGAUUUUGUGAAACGAGCACUUCUAGGCUUGUGAGUGAAGUUCCACAAGAACAAUUUAUUGAUGUAAGGUGAAAAAGGUCGAAAGAUUUAAUUUUAGAAUCCUCAAAUUCUGCAUGUAAAUAUAUAUAGAG